AUGAAUCCGCAGCCCCAACAGCUAGUUAAAGUGGUUAUCACUCAUUCCACAGGCACCAAGUUCAAGGUGGUUCUAUCCAAGCAAGAGUUGGAGACAGUGCAAAGUGAUCCUGAUUAUGCAGAUCAAGUGGCUGAAAAAUAUUAUGGGUUAUAUCUCAGUGGACAUGUCACAGCUGUUGAAGCUGAAGCUUCAGACACUUUUCGACGGGAUGAAGCUGGGGCAAUUCUGGCUCAUCCCUCAGGUUCAGCUGAACCCGUCCAACCAGAGAGAAGGCCGUUUUGUGAUGAAGACGAAGAAAUUUUAAUUAGAUUGGUGUCGGAGAGGCCCGCAUUGUAUGAUUUCAGGCUGCCUUUAAAAGACAGGGCCAGAUCAAAAGUUCGAAAUUUAUGGCUGGAUGUUAUUCAAGAAUUAGAUGUGGACAUAACAGUAGAUGCUAUCGCGAAAAAGUGGAAGAACAUGCGAGACAGCUUCAUGCGAGUCAGGGCGAACAUCAAAAAAAAAAUUUCCUCUGGAUCUUCAGCAGAAGAGAAGCUGCAGGCAGAGAGGCUGAAACGUAGCCAUAGAAAUUACGAACUUCUCAUGUUUUUAGAGGAUAGUUUAACAUGUAGAAGAACCUCCACAAAUUUAGAGGGGGAGGAAUCUGAUGGCCUGAUGUCUCCUUUGUUGAGAAAUCCUACAACACCAUCAGGCUCAAGAUCAAGACUUGCAUCCAGUACCGGCAGUACCUCAACUAAUAAAACCGAUACAUCAACUGUUCAGGAUGAGGUAUUUAUUGAGGCUGUGAAAAACUUAGCACCAGGGGCAAAUAGGGAGCUGUCGCCCACUCAGAAUUUUUGCAGUGGAAAGACACCUUACACGCAGAGUGAAAGGUUGUUGUUGACGUCCCUAGUAGACAAAUAUAAAAACAUUAUCGAAAAUAAAAGAAAGGAUGCCCAUACAGUCCAAGAGAAGCAAAAAGCAUGGGAGAAAGUUGCUUCGGAGUACAACGCCCAGGCCUCCAUGAUUAGUGCCAAGCGAACUUCAGCGCAACUUAAAAAACUGUGGAACAAUUUAAAACAAAGCAAAGCGCAGCGUUUUAGCAUCACUCCAAGGGACCAUUCAAUUCAAUACCUUGAAAGCCACCCGACUUUCGCAGCUGGAAAAUUUGCAGGGAAAGGGGGGAAGGACCGGUUACGCCACAUGUGGGAUAUUCUCGCUGGAGAGCUGAAUGCUAUUGUAGGUGGAGCAUCCAAAGACAGUAGCCAGUGGCAGACUAUGUUGGCUGAGGCUACGAUGAAGCACGCAGAGGCUGCUUCAGAUCAGGCAAAGGAUGCUUCAGCGCAGGCAAAUGCAGCUUUGCUUCAAGCUGCAAACGAAAGAGAACCUGGUGCAGCCCAGAGGAAUUUUGCCCCAGGUGACACUCUUCGCCACGACCACAAAGCGCAGCGUUAUAGCAUCGCUCAAAAGGACCAUUCAAUUCAAUACCUUGAAAGCCACCCGAUGUUCGCAACUGCAAAAUUUGCAGGGAAAGGGGGGAAGGAACGGUUACGCCACAUGUGGGAUAUUCUCGCUGGAGAGCUGAAUGCUAUUGUAGGUGGAGCAUCCAAAGACAGUAGCCAGUGGCAGACUAUGUUGGCUGAGGCUACGAUGAAGCACGGAGAGGCUUCUUCAGAUCAGGCAAAGGAUGCUUCAGCGCAGGCAAAUGCAGCUUUGCUUCAAGCUGCAAACGGAAGACAAAAGGAAAUACUUAAAAAAGAAAAUUUGAGCAAGACUCUGCUCAGGAAGAAGAAUGUGUAG